UGGUGAGCCAAGCAGCAUUCAUCCGUUGGACCUGUCUGUUCGAGGAAAGAUAGCUGUUGUUGCUGGUGUGUCAAAUGUCUAUCACACCACACGACUCGGCGAGAGGUUGAUUCAGCCCAAGAGUCAAUUUGACCUCACUGAUCCCUACGGACACCUGCUGAACUCAGAAUACAGCAGUUUGCACGAUCCUUAUUUACGAAAUUACCUCCACCGGAAAGACAUCCACCAAAAACUAAUUGCUGGACGGUUCAUCACCAAGGAUGAUAAAGUAAUAUGUACCCUUCGGGAACUCAACAGGUACAAGGAACACUUAACAGAUGUUGAGUUGGACUGGUGCCGCAGAUUCAGGGCAGAGCAGAAGGUGUUUGUGCAGAGGUUUUUGACCCUACAGCAACAGGGGAUGAUUGCCUCCACGGUGACCAUGUCUGAUGUCACCGAGUGGCUUCUGCAGAGAGGGAGAAACAUCUUCAAUAUGAGGAAGGCCAACCGGUUGAGGUUAUCUUCUGCUCGUGAGGUAGAGUCAGACAGCUUCUUUCCAAAGCUGCCGUGCAUUGCUCCGAGUAGCAACAUGGUGUGCCUAGACUGCAGCUCAAGUGCCACCUACAGGUCUGAGAUGAUGUGGAACUCUAAGGGCCGUCAGAUACUGGAGGAAAUCACCAGGGAGGUCAGGAGAGAGAUGAGGCUGAAGAGUAAGGGGGCAGUUGACCAGAGGGCGCGAGAAAAGCAGAAAAAAGACAGUUAUGAAUUUAGGAGGUAUCUCAAAGCGCAGAGGAAACGGCUUGAGUGUGAGGCUGUUGAGAAUGAUACUUCGUGUGCAGAAAACAUUACAUUGGAUCCAACAAUUACACAAGUGGAUGGAACUGCCUCAGCUAACUCAUGUUCCUUUGAGUAUAAACCCUGGCCUUCAUACACAGAGCCUGGUUGUGGUGUAAAGACAGAAUUAUCAUCUUUGUGUCAAAACCUGGUUGUGGCAGUGACAAAGAGAUCCAUUGUUUCUGCACACAGCCCCCAACCAUUUAAUGAGGGAUGUACUAGUAAUGCCUCAUCUGUACUCGGAACCUGUGGGAGUUUGAUUGAGGAUUCUGACUCCUUCCAGUCCAUCUCCUGGCAGUUGUCAGAAAUACAACAGACACUACUGGAGGAGCAUUUCAAGGGAACUAUCACGUCAGAAGAGCUGCAGGUGAUCAUGAGGGAUGUGGUUGUCACAGUGGUGGAGGAGGUGAACAGCAUCCUCAUCCCAGCCAUUAUGGCCUUUGAGUACGAGCGCCUGAUGUCCCGCUCCAGUGACACGCCAACCACCACCCGGAGCACUCUGUCUUCCUCUGAGUACUACCGGCCUUUCAGUGGUAGCCUGAGCUCCUCCACUCCACAGAGACUAAUAGGCGCCGCCCUUCCUGUACCCGAGGAAAACCGUAACGCGACUUCCCUCGAGAAGCCGGAGAUCCCGCUCUCGCCUUUGAAGAGCUCAGAAAACGAGCCGCCCCCAGUUUCAUGCACUUUGCCUUUGGAAUCUUCCCGGGCAAGCUUGCUUGUGAAAGUAGAGGGCCUCUUACAGGAUGUAAUCAAAGCAACCGUGAAUCAGGGAGACAGGAAGGAUGAAAGUAAGAGCAACAACCUUAACAUGGAAGAAAGGGGAGAGGUAGAAUCCAAAGGUGUUGAGGCUGCAUCGAGAGGAAUAAAAAAAGCCAUUCCAUUAGAGGAAUUAUACCAGGUUGCUGCGACAUCUGAGAGAGCCAUUAGGGAGAAAGAAGUCAUUGGGGAUAUCAUUCCCAAGGCACAUGGAGUGGACACUUCUGUGGAUGCACUGUCUGACACCAAGGAAGAAGAUGUUGCCUCAGUGGAGGACAGGAAAGAUGUUAUGGCAGCACCGGAAGUGAAAACUUCUGUCUGUGUGCUGCCUGACACCAAGAAGAAGAAAGAGGAGACUGUUGCAGAUUGGAGGACCAAUCACAAACAAGAGGCUGAAGCAGAGGGGAGUUUGGAUACAGAAGCCAAACGUACUGAGGCAUUGGAAGUGAAUCCACGAGACAAGGAAGCUACGAUAGAAGUGAACACAGACAAGCCUCCUGUCACCGCCGAGAGAGACUUCAGGAGUGAUUCGAUCACCAAGGCUGAAAUGAGCUCCUGCACUGCAGGAGGCGUCGAGUUUCAGUUGGAUGAAGAGGAUGGAGGGAAGCCUCAUAAAGGCCUGUUCAAAAGCCUCGCAAGGAUCAUGACAUUAUCUUCUGAUCAGGUGGAUGAAAUCCUGGAGAAGGUCAUAGAUGUUUUGAUUGAGGAGAGGCAUGUAGUCCUCUUUCCAGAGGACAGCCCAGCUAAUUCACCUAGCUUGACAACCAGCUCCCCAGAGUCUAGGCCUGUCAGUGGCCCCCUCUGCUGUGUGUCUGUGGGUCAAGAGCCCCAUCUCCAGUGCCCAGGCGAAGACUUUGACCCCCCUGGAAAGCUUCUCGGAGGUCGCUCUGGCUCCCUGUUUCUUGACCCACAGCUGAGUCAAGAGAAGGUCUCCUAUGCGGAGAUACUGCCAUACGCUAACAGAAUAAUUAAUGUUCUCAUGCAUGAAAUGCAUAAUGACAAUAACCUUUGUGAACCCGUUGGUGGUCUAAAGGAAAACCCAUUGUUGCAGAGGAAUGUGAUGCUCCCUAGUGUCCACUCAACACGCUCCAAGGAGUCAGCGUCUGAGAUCCCCGUGCUUCGCGUCUUGAAGAAGGCUGACCUGAGGUCACUCUUAGCAGCCAAUCCAAAUUCAAUCAGAGUGACACUGUGGAUCCUGCAGACCAUUCAGAGACGACAUGGAUGGAUGGGACAUGAGAAUAUCAGUGGCAAACAACCUAAAGAGAGCCGUCUCCUCUGUGAGGUCAUCCAGAUCCUUGUGGGUAAGAUCAGACAAAAGUAUGCAGCAACUUUAACCACUGGAGAUCCGAUGGCACCGACCCUAACAGAUGUCCUCAGGGCCAAUAGCAGCUGUGUGAAUCCCCCUGAAAGCUUCAAGGUGAAGUUGCAGGAGGCCACAGUUGGUCCCAUAAGUGCAAUCCUUGAAAACAUGUCCGCCGACAUUGUCAGGCCUAAGUCGGGCCUUGUCGGAAAUAACAAGUGGUCCCCUAACACCAGCAUCAAGAGUGUCUCUUUGACUAACAUGCAAAGCCGUACCUUGACCUCAGCUGUCGCCACUGAUAUCAGUUCUAGUGUUGUUCAGAAGCUUGCCGAGGCCUCGGGUAGCAGUAAUACCAACAGCUCUAUGACCAACCUGCGUGACUUUGUCAGAGCCAUGUCAAUCAACAGUACCAAGCCUUUGCAGGAGGCGCCGCAAGAGCCGAGGAUUGAUCAGGCUUAUAAGGAGGUCCUAGAAAUGGUGGUGAGCAAGCUGAGGACUUUCGUCACUCAAGGUCAGUCACACAAGCCAAGACAGUACUUGGCAGAGACGAUGGCUGAGAGCUGUCUGGAGGUCGAAUGCGUCAUCCUUCAGAUCCUUCAGACACUCGGUAAUAAUCAAACAGCAGUGGCUGAUGGUGACAAGCAGGCUGUUGAACAUCUGGCCACUGCUUUAUCCAACGCCAUGUUCAAGCACGCACGUGAAGCUCGUAGUCCUCAGAAGGUUAAGCACGCGCGACCAAAUCCAACAGCUCAGGUCACCAGCUCCUUCAACUCUUGCUCGUCUGUUACUGAUUCUAUUACUGAGACUGUUACUGCAGACAUACCAGUGGAGCGACCCCAAACAAAUAGCUUGAAGGCAACCCCACCCCAAAAAACAAAGGAUGUUUACCUUCCUAAAAUCAGCGAAAGGGACAUAGCCAAGGUGUCAGGUUUGGGGCUGCAAAAUCUACGUGUGAAUAGAGUCCAUCUGACUCCCAACCCUGACCCUGAGGCCACAUUUACAGGGAAAGGUCAAACCAGCGAUGCUAACACCAGAGGCCCGCUGAAGGCUAGAUUAUCAAAGUCCUCUUUGAAUCUUUUACAAAUGACUGUGGAGACGUUUGCACGCAAGCUGAUGACUGAACGUAUGGUCUUGCCUGGAGUGACUACUUCUCAGCUAGUGACAAAAGAGUGCCCACAACAUAACAUCAAAUGGGAUCAACUGAUGGACACACUAUAUUCUAAAACGCAGGUGCCAACUCCCCCUUCUCGGCCCCCCGCUACCAGCAGCCAGAGAGUUCCCCACCAACACGAGGAUUACCUGGAGAGCAGGAAGAAAGGUCCACCCCUCAGCCCUCUUCAGCCUGCCAAACGGGUGGCUAGCUCCAUGGCGUUUGAUGUACCCAGAAGCAGCAGGAAGACCACCCACCCUGUAAUGAGCAGUGACAGUCCCCUCAGAGAGCCACUUACGUUUUGUUCCAGGUCCACUGCUACCCUCUCCAACACAUCUCAGCUCACCAAGGAACUCAUGCACGACUUGAUGCAUAGGCUGUUAAUGGAGGAUUUUCCUGACCCCAGCUGUGCCGGCAAGAUCUCUCCGCUGUAGAAAACCUUUUAAAAGCAAAAAUAAGCUAAUGUUAACUGUUUGGUUUAUGUGAAUGUAUUUGCACAAUGAAGGGGAAAUUAUAUUGUGAGACUUC